CUCUUGACACAACGAAAGGAAAAUUUUUCCUCGUCCGGGAGUUUUGGGGUGAUAAUGUUUUCGGCUGAAUUAUUCACAAAAAUGGAAUAACUUUAACUUGUGGUUGGUGAAAAAGUGUCGCGAAUAGCUGCGAUUCAAGAGAGCAGGAAGAAAAAGACCCAUUGAUAAGGCGCGUCCGACGCAUCCGCUGGCGCUGGCGACGUUCGUGAGGGACUGACGAAUUGAAACGUAGAGAAAGAGGUGGAGGAAGUGGCGGAGUGCGUGAUUUUGUACAAUCAAGUAGCAUCGUUGACGACCGUAUCGUCGAAGGAAAGUAAAUAAGAACUUGUAUGUGUGACUGCUUCCUUGAUCAAGUGCAUCACUGGGGCGAAGAGAAGUAGUUGCGACGGCAGAAGUAGCAGUGCGCUGACGAUAGCACGAUGAUCGGUGGUCUGUUCGUGUAUAAUCAUAAGGGCGAGGUGCUGAUAUCCCGCGUAUACCGGGAUGACAUCGGUCGAAACGCGGUCGAUGCGUUUCGCGUGAACGUGAUUCACGCCCGGCAGCAGGUUCGUUCGCCGGUAACGAACAUCGCCCGGACGAGCUUUUUUCAUAUCAAGCGGGCGAACAUUUGGCUGGCGGCCGUUACGAAGCAAAAUGUGAACGCUGCGAUGGUGUUCGAGUUUCUGCUGAAGAUUAUCGACGUGAUGCAGUCGUACUUUGGCAAAAUCUCCGAGGAAAACAUCAAGAAUAACUUCGUGUUGAUCUACGAGCUGCUCGAUGAAAUCCUCGACUUUGGCUACCCGCAAAACUCGGACACGGGCGUGCUGAAGACGUUCAUCACUCAGCAGGGCAUCAAGACGGCGACGAAGGAAGAGCAGGCGCAAAUCACGUCGCAGGUGACGGGCCAGAUCGGAUGGCGCCGCGAAGGCAUCAAGUAUCGUCGCAACGAGCUGUUCCUCGAUGUGCUUGAGUACGUGAACCUGCUGAUGUCGCCCCAGGGGCAGGUGCUGUCGGCGCACGUUGCCGGUAAGGUGGUGAUGAAGUCGUACCUGUCCGGUAUGCCGGAAUGUAAGUUCGGCAUCAACGACAAGAUCGUGAUGGAGGCGAAGGGUCGCAGCGGCAUUUCGGGCAACGCGGACAAUGAAGCGUCCCGGUCGGGCAAACCGGUGGUCGUGAUUGAUGAUUGCCAGUUCCACCAGUGCGUUAAGCUGAGCAAGUUCGAGACGGAACACUCGAUCAGCUUCAUCCCGCCGGACGGUGAGUUCGAGCUUAUGCGUUACCGUACGACGAAGGACAUUUCGCUGCCAUUCCGAGUGAUUCCGUUGGUGCGCGAGGUUGGCCGUACAAAGAUGGAGGUAAAGGUGGUGCUGAAGUCUAACUUCAAGCCGUCGCUGCUGGGGCAGAAGAUUGAGGUGAAAAUUCCCACCCCGUUGAAUACGUCCGGGGUGCAGUUGAUCUGUUUGAAGGGCAAAGCCAAGUAUAAGGCAUCUGAAAAUGCGAUCGUUUGGAAAAUUAAACGUAUGGCCGGUAUGAAGGAAACGCAACUGUCCGCCGAAAUCGAACUCCUCGAAACGGAUACCAAAAAGAAAUGGACCCGACCACCGAUCUCGAUGAACUUUGAGGUACCAUUCGCACCGUCCGGAUUCAAGGUGCGCUACCUGAAGGUGUUCGAGCCGAAACUGAACUACUCCGACCACGAUGUCAUCAAAUGGGUGCGAUACAUUGGACGCAGCGGACUGUACGAGACACGAUGCUAAGCACAGGGAUGUGCGCUUCGAUUCGACUGUUUAUAUGCACGGAGCUGGCCAGGAAUGGAGAGGAGUUGUACUACUAUUGCUAAUAUAACCACAGAAAGAGGCACACCGAAUCGAAUGGCAAUACUAUUACCAACAACAUUGGGCAGACAACGAGCGAACAAUUGUUUGAGACGAGGAUUAACAAUUGUUUGACACGGCACGAGGACUAAACUGAGAACAACACAAAGUUAUAGUUCAUUUCGUUUUGCGAGGAAACUUUCUGAACAAGAACGGAGCCAUAAAGGGGACAGAUUUUUCCUCAACCACUCCGGUCCACGGACACGGGAGGUACUCUCUUUCUCUCUCUAUUUUCUGACAUGGUUUUCGUUUAGACAAAUGUAGCAAAAGAGUUAUUUGGUAGGAAUUCCUUUUAUGAAUUAUGCGCAACAAAAGGCUAAAUAUUUUCUAGUAGGGAAAAUUGUUUUCGUUCGAUUUCACUGACGACAGGUAUGGUUUUAGUAUUUGUGCGCAGAUUCGUUAAAAAUUGUAUGAAGGAUCAGUGACAUCAUUCAUAAUAGAGGCACACACAUACAUACACACACACGGCACAUAAACACUCUGCAGGCAUAAGUGUUAUCGAAAGUUGGUAGAAAAAAAAAACAAAAAGGACCUGCCUGAAUGAGGCCGAUCAGAGCAGUGAGUUAUCCGUGUUAUAAUAAUACAAUAUGUUCAUAU